GAAGAGGAAGCCCGCAAGAAAGAUAGAGAACAGAAAAGACAGAAUGAAUGCGCCUCCAUAAUUCAACGGGCUUGGCGUCGACUAAUAUCAAAAAGACUUGAAUUUCAGAACAAGGCUGUCAAAUUAAUACAGAGAGCUUGGAGAAAGCAUCGAAGAACGAGGAGGAAUAAAUGCGCGUUCAUAAUUCAACGGGCUUGGCGUCGACUAAAGUUAAAAAGACUUGAACUUCAGAUUGAGGCCGUCAAAUUAAUACAGAGAGCUUGGAGAAAGCAUCGAAGAACGAGGAGGAAUGAAUGCGCGUCCAUAAUUCAACGGGCUUGGCGUCGACUAAAGUUAAGAAGACUUGAAUUUCAGAACAAGGCUGUCAAAUUAAUACAGAGAGCUUGGAGAAAGCAUCGAAGAACGAGGAGGAAUGAAUGUGCGUCCAUAAUUCAACGGGCUUGGCGUCGACUAAAAUUAAAAAGACUUGAAUUUCAGAACAAGGCUGUCAAAUUAAUACAGAAAGCUUGGAGAAAGCAUCGAAGAACGAGGAGGAAUGAAUGUGCGUCCAUAAUUCAACGGGCUUGGCGUCGACUAAAAUUAAAAAGACUUGAAUUUCAGAUUGAGGCCGUCAAAUUAAUUCAGAAAGCUUGGAGAAAGCAUCGAAGAACGAGGAGGAUCAAAGCAACCAAAUUAACACAGCAAGCUUGGAGAGACUACCAAACUGGACGAAGGCUCAAAGCAACCAAACUAAUACCGAAAGCUUGGAGAGAGUACAGAACUAGACGAAGGAUCCGUAGAAAAAGAAAAAGUCAGGAGAUGUCCGAUUAUCCUACCAAAAUGCGAAGAGUGGAAGAUUUGGACAACGUUGAUUUCCAGGACCUAUUUGAAGUUAAGAAACUUGGGGAAGGAGGCUUUGGCGAGGUAGCGCAAUUUUAUUGCCGAAAAACCCAUGGAUAUUACGCAGUAAAAACCUUUAAGGAGAAUGAAGCAAACAAAUCGAUGGUGUUGAAAGAAACAUUCAUCCUCCUCCACUUGGCCGGGAGUUCCAGGGUUACCCAGUUAUGCCGGGCGUUUACCAUCAAACUCACAAAAACAGCCUUAGCGCUUGAGUAUUUGCCCGGUGGGGACUUUGCUGGAGUUCUGCGAGCCCAGGGAGGAAAACUGAGUGAGGAACGCGCCAGGUUUUACGCCGUCGAUAUCGGCCUGGGAUUGAAAUAUUUGAAUUCGAAAAAAGUCAUCCACAGAGAUCUAAAACCGGAAAAUAUUCUGGUAACCUCAAAUGGCCACCUGAAGCUGUCAGACUUCGGUCUGAGCGAAUUUGUCGUCUUUGCAGUCACUGGAGUAUGUGGAACUUAUCCAUAUAUGGCGCCUGAGAUGAUCAUGGGAGAGUCUUAUACUUACUCUGUGGACUGGUGGUCCUUUGGCGUGACUUUAUUCCUGAUGCUGACCGGCAAGCUACCAUUUUAUGGUAAAGACAAGAGAGAACUUUUCGAAAACAUCGUAUACACAACGCCUGAUAUCCCCAAUUGGCUUGGGAGAGAGACCAGAGAUUGCCUUUUCAAGCUUCUCCAAAAAUGCCCGGAUGUGAGGCUUGGCGUUGACAAUUUUCAAUACCAUCCGUUCUUCAGCUGUCUUCAGUCUUCAGAACCUUUGGCACUUGCAUGUGGUUCAUCCGCGGUAAAUACGACAGCAGAGAAUGAGAUUGACCAAAUCUCUGGAUUUUCAUCCCUACUGUCAGACGAUGAAAGCAUCAUCAUUGCUGAUGAUAAUCCUUCAGAUUAAUUACAAGUUUUGGGUUUUCCAAAUCUAUGUUAAAGUAGAUGUG